AUGAGAUACAAAUUUUGGGUACAGUGUUUAUUGUAACCCACAAAAUUUAGCAAGAACCACAAUUUUGCAUCAUCGGCUAGUUAGUGGGAGUGGAGUUCCGUCUGGCAAUUGGGGGCAAACGCUAAGUGUGGACAUGAUGAUGCAACUAUGACCCCAACCCACCAGCAUCAUCUUCCUUAAAUCAAAUCUUUCUUUGUUCGCUGAACUGCGUCUCCAAUGGAGGCUCAAGUUCUCUUAUCCGGGAUUAAAUUAUCCCCUUGCAGAACCCGAGCCCCAUACCCGAUUCGGUCCAGAGUAAACCCGAUUCUUCUUCUCCCUCCCGUGCACCGUCGCAACUUUAGUAUUACAUACUCUCCACCAGCCCAUCUCCGCCGCUACCCCACCUCCUGCUCGGCCCACAGCCACCACCAUCACGACCGCGGCCACGGUCAGCAGCAGCAGAAUGGCCAUCGUGAUUAUCAUGACAAUCACCACCACCACCACCAUGGUCCCAAUGAAUGUAAUCUGCAACUAACUAAACCCCAGGAGGUUCUUCUCAAGUUUGCUGAGAUCACUAGGUGGACCAACUUGUCCAAUUUCCUGCGGGAAAAUUUGGAACUGUGUUGUUUCUCAGCCGCUUUGUUUAUUGCUGCAUCCGCUUGCCCUUAUGUGCUUCCUAAACCCGCCACAAAGCCUUUCCAACAUGCUUUAGCUGCCAUUGCCUUUCCUCUUGUCGGGAUUUCAGCUUCACUUGAUGCCCUAAUGGACAUUAGUGGUGGAAAAAUUAAUAUCCAUGUGCUGAUGGCUCUUGCAGCCUUCGCUUCAGUUUUCAUGGGAAACCCAUUGGAAGGUGGCUUGCUUUUAGCGAUGUUUAAUUUGUCGCAUAUAGCUGAGGAGGCCUUCACUCGCCGCUCCAAGAUUGACGUAAAGGAAUUGAGAGAAAAUCAUCCAGAGUUUGCUCUUUUGCUUGAUACAAAUAGUGGAAGCUUACCGAGUUUCUCACACUUGACAUAUUGUGAAGUUCCUGUGAGCUACUUGAAAGUUGGCUCAUUAAUAUUUGUCAAAGCGGGCGAGUCUGUCCCUGUGGAUUGUGAAGUGUUAAAAGGUAGCUCAACAAUCACAGUUGAGCACUUGACGGGUGAGGUCAAACCUUUAGAAAAAAGCGUUGGGGAUAGCAUUCCGGGGGGAGCGAGGAACGUGGAUGGUAUGUUGAUAGUGAGGGCGAAGAAAACAUGGAAAGAGUCGACACUAAACAGGAUUGUGCAGUUGACCGAGGAAGCUCAGUUAAGUAAACCAAAGCUUCAGAGGUGGUUGGAUAACUUUGGAGAGCAGUAUAGCAAGGUUGUGGUACUCCUUUCCAUUUCUGUUGCUGUUAUGGGACCUUUUCUUUUCAGGUGGCCACUCAUUAGUUCCUCAGCUAGCAGAGGAUCAAUUUAUAGAGCACUUGGGUUAAUGGUAGCCGCAUCACCAUGUGCUUUAGCUGUAGCUCCUUUGGCGUAUGUGACAGCUAUCAGCGCUUGUGCUAGAAAGGGAAUAUUACUCAAAGGCGGUGAAGUUCUUGAUGCUCUAGCAUCAUGUCGUAGCAUUGCAUUUGACAAAACUGGCACUUUGACGACUGGGGAUUUUGUGUGUAAAGCAAUUGAACCAAUUCAUGGUCACAUGAGUAGGCAGGAGAAACAGUUUGCUUGCUGUAAACCCACUUGUGAAACAGAAGCCCUUGCUGUUGCAGCUGCGAUGGAGAAGGGCACUACUCACCCAAUUGGAAGAGCUUUUUUGGACCAUAGCUCUGGCAAAGAUCUUCCUUCAAUUUCUGUUGAAAGUUUUGAAAAUCUGCCUGGUAGAGGUGUCUUUGCAACAUUGUCUAGCGCAGAGGCAGGACUUGUAGGCAGUAAGCCAAUGAAAGCCUCACUGGGUUCUAUUGAAUAUAUCAUAUCACUUUACCAGUCUGAAGAUGAAUCAAGCAAGAUAAAGGAGGCUGUAAGGACAUCUGUUUAUGGAGUAGAUUUUGUUCGUGCUGCUCUUUCUGUUAACAAUAAAAAGGUUACUCUUUUUCACUUCGAAGAUAAGCCUCGACCUGGGGUUCCAGAUGUCAUACGCACAUUACACGACCAAGGAGAACUUCGUGUAAUGAUGUUAACAGGCGAUCAUGAAGCAAGCGCAUGGAGAGUUGCAAAUGUUGCGGGCAUCAAAGAGGUUUACUGUAGCCUUAAACCCGAGGAUAAGCUAUAUCAUGUGACAAGAAUUUCAAGAGAAUCUGGGGGGCUAAUAAUGGUAGGCGAUGGUAUCAAUGAUGCCCCUGCUCUUGCUGCUGCUACUGUUGGCAUUGUUCUAGCUGAACGUGCCAGUGCAUCAGCUAUAGCUGUUGCAGACGUCCUGUUAUUGCAAGACAAUAUUUCUGGUGUUCCAUUUUGUGUGGCUAAAUCUCGGCAAACAACAUCGCUGAUUCAGCAAAAUGUGGCUCUUGCAUUGUCUAGCAUUGCCUUUGCCUCACUUACAUCGGUUAUGGGAUUUCUCCCCUUGUGGCUAACGGUGCUUCUACAUGAAGGUGGAACUCUUCUUGUGUGCUUGAAUUCCAUCCGUGCUCUUAAUGACCCUACGUGGUCCUGGAAAGACAAUAUCUCAAAGCUAGCUAACCGAUUGCGAAAUGUAAUUAUGAUUUGUAGAAGGCAUAAUGCCACUCGAUGCACCACCAUGCAAACAACUUCAUGAUCCCCAUCUGGUUCACACCCACAACUCAUACAUUCUUUCUCACUAUGUAUUAUGCUGCGAAACCUAAAUCUCAAACUGAAGAAGUAUGAAGCUUAAGUUGUACAUUGAAAUGUAUAUGCUGAAUGAUCAACUUGUUGCAAUGCAAUUUGCUGGUUAUGGUUCAUUUCUCGAUAUCUGAACCAAACUAAAAUUCAAACUCAUAUAUGAAAGGUAUUUCACAAUGAACGAUGAUUAUUUUG